CCAUCCUGGGCCAAUAGCCUACUUAUAAAGCCGGAUCCCAUCCACGCCCGUAGUCCUCUUUUCUCUCUGCUCCUGCUCCUGCUCCCCCUGCUCGUCCGUUCUUCUUACAGCACCCACCCUUCCCCUAUCCACACAUAUCCGCCAGCCAUGGACAACAGCGAAAAGGGUCACCCUGCCGACUUUAACGAGGACGAGGCUCGUCUUGCCGGGCAAAACAUGAAGCGCCAGUUCACUGGUCUUCAGAACUUUGGUUUCACCCUGACCAAUGCCUCGGUCCUGAUCGGUAUUGUUCCCCUGUUCGGGUUCGGUAUGAUCACUGGAGGUCCCGUCGUCGCUGUCUGGGGUUGGCUCCUUGUCGCCUUCUUUGUUAUGUUUAUCGGUUUGGGCAUGGCUGAGAUUUGCAGUACCUUCCCAACUGCCGGUGGUCUGUACUUCUGGACUGCAAAGUUAGGAGGCCCAAAGUGGGGACCCAUGUUCUCUUGGUAUGAAGCUUGGUUCAACAUUCUCGGACAGGUUGCUGGAUGUUCCGGAUCCGUCCUUGCUGCUGCCACGUUCAUGAAUACCCUGAUCGCUGUCUGGCAACCGGAAUAUGAGCCCUCGGGCAAGAAGAACUUUUACAUCAUGGCGGCUCUGAUGAUUCUCGCUGGAAUCAUCAACACUGCAGGCGGUCGCGCUUUGAAGGUCGCUUCGUUGGUCUCGGUCGGUGUGCACAUCUUCGGCACCAUUGCUAUCAUCGUUGUCGUCCUCGUCGGUGCUCCUCAGCUCCAGUCUCCAAAGUUUGUCUUCACAGAGUUCAGGGAUUUGACUGGAUACACAACGUCCUCAAACGCUUCGCCUGUCUUUGUCUUCCUGCUUGGUCUCUUGCAGUCGCAGUGGUCGAUGCUCGGCUAUGAUGCCUCCGCGCAUAUGUCUGAAGAGACCCACAAGUCAUACGUUAAUGGGCCCCGUGGAAUCUUGAUGUCCAUUUUGGCUUCGUUCCUCAUCGGCCUUGGUCUGGCCUUGGCCCUCAGUUUCGGUAUCCAGGAUUACGACAACACUGUUGCCAGCGCAUUCGGUGCUGCUCCCCAGAUCUUCCUCGACUGCGCUGGAAAGACUGGUGGCAGUAUUCUCAUCUUCCUCAUUGUCUUUGCUGGAUUCCUUUGCGGUGUGGCCACUGUUGCUUCCAACUCCCGCAUGCUCUACGCCUUUUCUCGCGAUGGCGGUCUUCCCUUCUCACCCUUCUGGACUGUGCUCAACAAGCGCACGCAGAUGCCCUUGCGCCUUGUCUGGCUCUCGGUCGUGGUCGUCAUUAUUCUUGCUCUGCCAUCAUUGGGUUCGACUGCCACCCUCAGCGCUAUUUCUGGAAUCUCUAUCAUUGGUUUCACUACUUCAUACGCGAUCCCUAUCUUGCUCCGCAUCACAGUCGGAUCGUCGACCUUUGUUCAGCGUGAAUUCAACCUCGGGCGGUACUCCAAGCCUAUCGGCUGGGUUGCCGUCAUCUGGACAGCCUUCAUCUUCGUCAUCUUCAACUUGCCCCAGAGCUGGCCCGUUAGCAAUGUUGAUACCUUCAACUUUACGCCAGCCGCUGUCGGAUUCCUCUUGGUCUUCACGACUUUGUCCUGGUCUUUCUCUGCCCGCAAGUGGUUCAAGGGACCCAUCUCUGAGAUCGCCCUCCAGGAAUUGGAUGGCAUUAUUCCAGUCCAUGACGGGAAGGAGGAGGUUUUCGAAGAGACAAAGUAAACGAAAAAAGGCAUACCCUCUCCUGCAUUUUGCAUCCUGUCAUCUAGUUAGCUAUUCCCCAACUUAAUCAUUGUAAAGUAUCUCAACAUACCCCCCCCCAUCGCUGCUCUUCCUUGACCCAUCUGUAUUCAACAUACCGCUAAUAAAGCAGACGAAAAUAUUUCUCGGA